AUGUCGUUCCAGUCACCUAUAUCUAAAUGUACUGCUUUCAUCCCGGGUCUGGGGACAGUAGAAGGUUUCCAAUUCGCCAAUGGCGUACAACAAUUCUGCGGAAUCCCAUACGCACAUCUUCCAAAACGCUGGUCACGAUCAGUUCUGAGGACAUUAUGGGACAAUGGUCACCACGAUGGCACAAAGCUAGGGAAUGAUUGCCCAAGUCCCAUGAUCGAAGGCGAUGAUGCCGACACUCUUGUCCCAGUCCCACCGGCUGCACAUUUCCCAGCCUCGCAGAUUGUUGACGAACUAUCCGGUCUGGUCAUGAACAUUGUGAUUCCACAUGCUGCGAGGCAAGACAAUAAACCACUUCCCGUGUUGGUCUAUGUUCACGGUGGAUCACUACUAUACGGCGGUGCAAAUCUACCAAUUUUCGACGCAGUCAAUCUCGUUUCACAUAGUAUAACAAUCGGGAUACCGAUUAUCUGUAUCAACUUCAAUUACCGCGUCGGCAUUGGCGGUUUCCUCGCUGGGAAGGUAAUUGCCCGAGAAUUGGAACAAGACGGAUAUGCAGGAAGUGGCAAUUUCGGUUUCACUGACCAGCACGUCGCAUUCGACUGGGUACAAAGGUACAUUGGGUCCCUAGGAGGUGAUAUACAGAAUGUUACAGCAGUGGGAGAAUCAGCUGGCGGCAUCUCAAUCAGUAACCAGCUGCUUGCUGCAACGCCACCGAUCUUUCAUCGGGCUGUGUGCAUGUCUGGUCUCUCAUCUGCUAUUCCUGCAUUCACGAUGGAACAACAUGAUCGUUUCUUUGAGGAUGUUUGUCGGUAUUUCCACAUUGAUCCUGCUUGUCAAGAUGCAUUGGACAAGCUACGUGCUAUCCCGCAACAGGAAAUUGCAAAUGCGACGCCUGCUAUUCAAGGCGUGCCAUCUGGGACCGGAAAUCCUUGUCUCGAUGGCUGGUUUUAUCGUUCGGGCGUUGAUCCGCGACGGAUUCAUGCGCCACCCUCUUGGUUGAAGGGGUAUAUGAUCGGGGAUACAUACCAUGAAGGUGUCAUCUUCCAUAUUAACCUGCUUGAAGAGAGUUAUGCAUCCAUACAGCAUGUCAUGAAGACACAUAUCAAGGAUGGCAUGUACGCUGAUGAGAUCCUGUCUGCGUAUGGUAUCAACGAAGACCUAGCACACGAUACACUGCUUGAGCGCGUGGAACACAUGUGCGGUGAUGCCAUUUUCAAAAUCCCCAAUUAUGUUAUGGCGCAGGAAUGUAUGCGUCAACGGGUGGUGGAGGAUAUCCUGUUCCUGUACCAUUUCGAUCAGCGAUCUCGAAUUAAGAAUGGUUUUGAGGGAACGGCAUAUCAUGCAUAUGAGUUACUUUAUCUGUUCGGUAAUCUGGCCAAUGAGAUGAAUGACGGGGAGAAGACGAUGACGAGGGAGUUUGCGUCUGCUUGGAUUCGGUUUGUGAAUGGGGUUGAACCUUGGGCGAGGGAGCGGUGGAUGGUUUGGGGGCCUGGUAAUCGGAUGGGGAUCAAGAGUGAGGCUGAGGAUGAAGAUGUUAGGGAGUAUACGAGAAUGGAAAGGGUGCUGCAGCUUGGGAGUGGCGAGGCUUGGAUGCAGUGGGUUGCUGCUGUUGAUGCACUUGUAAAUGGACGGAAGUUCUGA